AAUAAUAAUAAUAAUAAUAAUAAUAAUAAUAAUAAUAAUAAUAAUAAUAAUAAUAAUAAUAAUAAUAAUAAUAAUAAUAAUAAUAAUAAUAAUAAUAAUAAUAAUAAUAAUAAUAAUAAUAAUAAUAAUAAUAAUAAUAAUAAUAAUAAUAAUAAUAAUAAUAAUAAUAAUAAUAAUAAUAAUAAUAAUAAUAAUAAUAAUAAUAAUAAUAAUAAUAAUAAUAAUAAUAAUAAUAAUAAUAAUAAUAAUAAUAAUAAUAAUAAUAAUAAUAAUAAUAAUAAUAAUAAUAAUAAUAAUAAUAAUAAUAAUAAUAAUAAUAAUAAUAAUAAUAAUAAUAAUAAUAAUAAUAAUAAUAAUAAUAAUAAUAAUAAUAAUAAUAAUAAUAAUAAUAAUAAUAAUAAUAAUAAUAAUAAUAAUAAUAAUAAUAAUAAUAAUAAUAAUAAUAAUAAUAAUAAUAAUAAUAAUAAUAAUAAUAAUAAUAAUAAUAAUAAUAAUAAUAAUAAUAAUAAUAAUAAUAAUAAUAAUAAUAAUAAUAAUAAUAAUAAUAAUAAUAAUAAUAAUAAUAAUAAUAAUAAUAAUAAUAAUAAUAAUAAUAAUAAUAAUAAUAAUAAUAAUAAUAAUAAUAAUAAUAAUAAUAAUAAUAAUAAUAAUAAUAAUAAUAAUAAUAAUAAUAAUAAUAAUAAUAAUAAUAAUAAUAAUAAUAAUAAUAAUAAUAAUAAUAAUAAUAAUAAUAAUAAUAAUAAUAAUAAUAAUAAUAAUAAUAAUAAUAAUAAUAAUAAUAAUAAUAAUAAUAAUAAUAAUAAUAAUAAUAAUAAUAAUAAUAAUAAUAAUAAUAAUAAUAAUAAUAAUAAUAAUAAUAAUAAUAAUAAUAAUAAUAAUAAUAAUAAUAAUAAUAAUAAUAAUAAUAAUAAUAAUAAUAAUAAUAAUAAUAAUAAUAAUAAUAAUAAUAAUAAUAAUAAUAAUAAUAAUAAUAAUAAUAAUAAUAAUAAUAAUAAUAAUAAUAAUAAUAAUAAUAAUAAUAAUAAUAAUAAUAAUAAUAAUAAUAAUAAUAAUAAUAAUAAUAAUAAUAAUAAUAAUAAUAAUAAUAAUAAUAAUAAUAAUAAUAAUAAUAAUAAUAAUAAUAAUAAUAAUAAUAAUAAUAAUAAUAAUAAUAAUAAUAAUAAUAAUAAUAAUAAUAAUAAUAAUAAUAAUAAUAAUAAUAAUAAUAAUAAUAAUAAUAAUAAUAAUAAUAAUAAUAAUAAUAAUAAUAAUAAUAAUAAUAAUAAUAAUAAUAAUAAUAAUAAUAAUAAUAAUAAUAAUAAUAAUAAUAAUAAUAAUAAUAAUAAUAAUAAUAAUAAUAAUAAUAAUAAUAAUAAUAAUAAUAAUAAUAAUAAUAAUAAUAAUAAUAAUAAUAAUAAUAAUAAUAAUAAUAAUAAUAAUAAUAAUAAUAAUAAUAAUAAUAAUAAUAAUAAUAAUAAUAAUAAUAAUAAUAAUAAUAAUAAUAAUAAUAAUAAUAAUAAUAAUAAUAAUAAUAAUAAUAAUAAUAAUAAUAAUAAUAAUAAUAAUAAUAAUAAUAAUAAUAAUAAUAAUAAUAAUAAUAAUAAUAAUAAUAAUAAUAAUAAUAAUAAUAAUAAUAAUAAUAAUAAUAAUAAUAAUAAUAAUAAUAAUAAUAAUAAUAAUAAUAAUAAUAAUAAUAAUAAUAAUAAUAAUAAUAAUAAUAAUAAUAAUAAUAAUAAUAAUAAUAAUAAUAAUAAUAAUAAUAAUAAUAAUAAUAAUAAUAAUAAUAAUAAUAAUAAUAAUAAUAAUAAUAAUAAUAAUAAUAAUAAUAAUAAUAAUAAUAAUAAUAAUAAUAAUAAUAAUAAUAAUAAUAAUAAUAAUAAUAAUAAUAAUAAUAAUAAUAAUAAUAAUAAUAAUAAUAAUAAUAAUAAUAAUAAUAAUAAUAAUAAUAAUAAUAAUAAUAAUAAUAAUAAUAAUAAUAAUAAUAAUAAUAAUAAUAAUAAUAAUAAUAAUAAUAAUAAUAAUAAUAAUAAUAAUAAUAAUAAUAAUAAUAAUAAUAAUAAUAAUAAUAAUAAUAAUAAUAAUAAUAAUAAUAAUAAUAAUAAUAAUAAUAAUAAUAAUAAUAAUAAUAAUAAUAAUAAUGAUAAUAAUAAUAAUAAUAAUAAUAAUGAUAAUAAUAAUAAUAAUAAUAAUAAUAAUGAUAAUAAUAAUAAUAAUAAUAAUGAUAAUAAUAAU